AAUGAACGUUUUACUCCAGAAACAUGGAGCUAAACAUAUAUGUAAGGUCCCGGAAGGAUUACGCGAACUAUGCACCGACAUCGCACGCGAGGUUCUGCGCUCGCAACCAAGGAACAUUUAUUGCUUUAUCGCUGAUUAUAUCGAAGCCCUUUUGAUCACACGGGAAAAUGCAAAAGUCGCGGUGAAAGUCGUAAGCAAUAUUUUAUUUGGGAGUCAAGCCAUCGUGGAUAUACUUCAGCAGAGCGGCUUGAGUUUGGAGCAGAUCACCCGCGCCGCGCCCAGGGUUCAGAUGGCGUUCCGCGCAUACUUGGACAUGCGAGCGACCCAGGUGCGCGACGACACAACUUACGACGAGAAAUCCAAGAUAUCUCUGCAAAGUAUUCUGCAAGCGAUGGAGAUCCCGCUGGAACAGGCGGAGAAGCAUGCCACGAUAAUACAAACCGCUUUCCAUGGGCAUUAUGAGAGGAUGCUAUUAAACGAGCCCUAUGGCAUAAUUCAUUGGCAAGGAGCGGCAACAAGGACCCUCGAGAUCCUGAGAAAGGUAGGAGCUUCGCAAGCAGAGGCGUCGAAAGCCACCAUUUUAAUACAGGCUACUUACCGCGGCUACUAUACAAGGAAAAACCUAAAAAUGAAAAUGCAGGCUGUGCAAUCGCAGAAGGAAGAGAAAAGAAGCGAGGUAGAUAUGAAGGUAGAAUCCAAAGAAGAUGCUUGGUUGAAUAUGAUGUACAAGGAAUCAGGAUUGACACCAAUGAGAGCAGAUAAAGCUGCAUCUAUUAUACAAAAAGCUUACAGGCGGUAUCGCGAGAGAAAAAAUAACUCUAAAUCACCGGUAGAAUCAACGAAAGCGACAGUGACAGAAGACAUUCUCAAAAAUUUGAAUCAGAAGGUUUUCGACGAAGUCAUGACUCGGGCGGACAUCCCCGCAGAAUUUGGUAAUCAAGAGGACUUGACGAAAGCUGGCGAAGAACUUCAACGUGCUUUUAAAAAUCAAUUAGCACUUGUUCGCUUGGCACAAGAAGAGGAACCUGGUGAAUCAUUUGAGAAAGUGAUGGACUUAAUUAGCGUGCCGGAAGAUUGGCAAGAAGAUCGAGAGAUCGAAAUAGAAUCUGAACGUGACGAAAAAACAAACGUGUAA